AUGAAAAGAGCUAAAAGGAAAAUUGUAGAUAAAUAUUCUUCAUGGCGCCAACGUCGCCGUGGUGUUGUAGGAGAAUCUUCUACAGUUGAGGAAGAUCGUCAAAUUGAUGAAGAGAACUUAAAAGCCGCUCAAUUAUAUGGCACCGUUCCUAUGCAUAACCCAGCUUCCAAUAAACCGAAGCGGCCACCAUUAUCUGGUCUAUUUCGGAAAAACCGAAUCGAAGAAGAAGAUUUGGAAACAUUAAAAAAAUCAGCUGAAAGUGGCAAUAUACGCAGCCAAGUCAAAUUUGGCCGCCUUCAUCUAUCGGAUAGCUUUCAUGGAGCUUCGGCCAGGACGGGUGUUGAGUGGCUUAUUAAGGCAUCCAAAGCUCAGAAUCUUGAAGCAACUGAAUUAUUAAAACAGUGUUUAGAGGAUAAUCUAGGGAUAGAUGAGGAGAAUCGAAAACAAGUCAUCUGGUGUAUUAAAACCAGUGAUAAAGUGAAGAAACAAGUCUCUGAUGAGAAUUUACUUUUACUACGUCUUCAACGAAUGCGUCAUCGUAGAACGAGUAGCUUAGACGAUAUCGAUAAAAUGCGAGAUACCGAAUUCCGUCAAGAAGAAUUUAUAGGUAUACCGUUGAAAGAUUUAGCUCAAUACAAGAAAAUAAAUGAAAGUAAGGCUGAGAAAGGUGAUGAUGAACAGGAUGCAACACAACAAGCCAGUGAUAAUGAGAAUAACUCAACUGAACCAUUGCAACAAAUUGCAGAUGGAAAAGACGUCGUUGAUGCGGAUCAUCUAUCUAAUCAGGAUCAUGUCGGGUUGAAUAAAUUUGCUAAUGAAAUGGCGAUAGUGAACGGUGAUGGAGUGGAGCAAAGUAAAGAGAAAACAGCCAUCAGUAGCAAGCAAGAAUUAGACCAUAAAACUCAUGCUGAUGGUCAAAAUGAUCAAGUAGAGGCAGAAAAUAAGCCUAUAGUACAAGUAAAUUCAUCUGAUUCAAAGGUAGAACAAGACCAACAACAGCAUGAAAAAAUGAUCCAAUCGAAUGAAAAACUAGAAGUAGAAAAUGAUAAGCUAAUUCAGGCAAGUUCAUCAAAUUCAGAAGUAGAAAGUAACGAAGUAGUUCAAACAAAUUUAUCUCGUUCAAGCGUUGAUCAAAGUCAACAAUCAUCGAAAAUACAACAAAAUGAAGUAGUCAAAUCCAAUGGCGAGCCAAUUGUAGAAAAUAACUCGGCAAAUUCCUUGCAUUCAGCGGCGGAGCAAAAUCAUGAUCAAGAGAAAGCUAUAAUGAAAUCAGUCAAUCAUUCUACUCCAACGAAAGCUGGUAGAAAUUCUAAGCAUGAAGAAAGCCCAAAGAUGGAAUCAGCAUCAAAGAAAACUGCCAGUGGACCUAAGGAAAAAAAAGCUGCUCAGGUUAUAAAUUCUGAAGAGAUAGUGGAUUCGGUAAAUCAUCGUAGUUCAAAGGUUUCCAAUACUCCUAAUGAUGAUAACAACUCGAAAACUGCCAAUCGAUCUAAAAAUGCAAAGGCAUCCAAACAACCUAAAAAAGCCUAUAAAAGAGCAGGAUCUUCCGCAGAGACUGAUUUGUAA